AUGCGACCAGUUGCAUUGUCUUCUCGAGUUUCGAGAACUAAAGCAUGCAUCAGACGUAGAGUCGACAUAGAGCUCCAUGUAGAGACAUGUGACCAAACUAACCUUGGGGAGAACCUCCAAGCAACAAGAGUCGACGACACUGUCCGCUCGAGCCUUGGAGACAUGUCCUGGUAUGCCGGCAAGCCUCCGGAUUGGGAGGUGUGUUGGGACUUUGCGAAUCGCCAUAAGCAAGGCAACACGUGGAACGGCGGGCCGUAUUCUGAGGUUGAGCCUUCCCCGGAGUCCUAUGAGUCCUAUCACCCAUGGGCCGACACUCAGCCGUGGUUUCCAGCGGCGCAGCCGCAGUUCUGGCCAGACCCAUCGUGGGAAUACAUGCAGCUCCUGCAGAUGCAGGCAUCGGCAGCCAGAAGUUCUGCCAUGCCCAGACCUGUUCAAGAGACGGACUCCGUGGCCCUGCCGCCAUCUUUGGAAAAGCGGCUGCAGGAAUUGAAAAGCAACAAAGCGGCAAAGCCAGCUGCACCGCCACCGCCUGACAGGGAGUUUGAGGGCAGCCUCAAGUCCCUCAGUGACAGGCACGGCUAUGGCUUCAUUGCCUGUCAGGAUGUACAUAGGAUCUACGGUCGAGACACGUACGUCCCGAAGGACCUCGUUCCUGAGGACAUCAAGGUGUUGGACAGAGUGAUUUUCAAGAUUGGCCUUAGCAAGAAGGGCCACCCGCAGGUAACGCAGAUAAGACGAGCUCCGAUUGCACCGGACUCGCCUGAGAGUUGA